CCAACCUAACCGCCGUCCAGCCAAAUGAGAAAUGAUACGUUUUGAUUCAGUGUAUUGACGUUGGUCAAAAGUGCGCAACGUGUGUCUGCCAGUGGCCGGUUGGAUAUUUGUACAUAUUACAUUACGAGUGCUAAAUAAGUGGCUUCUCAAUCGUGCGAAACGGCAGCUUGUAUUAACUUUUGCAAUUACUUACAAGUGACAUCGCAGAAAUUUCGACUAAGCGUCAAUUAUGAGCAAUUCACUGCUGUUUGCCAAAGCCCAAAGCGUGAAGCUAACACCUUUUUUUCUAAGUGUGGUGCUUUACUUUUCGCUUGUUCGUAAAGACCCACAAGGAGAACUAUGGACAACUGUGCUCAAAUGCCUGCCAAUUGUGGCAUUGGCGUUAUAUGUUUUGAUCAAAGGAUUUGCGCUCAAUAAACACUACCGCCGCUCGCAGUUAAUACUUCUUGGUCUAGUGUUUUCCUGUGGUGGUGAUGCAUUGCUCAAUAUUAAUUUGUUUCCCUUUGGAAUGGUCUCCUUUGGCGUGGCCCACAUAUUUUACAUCAGCGCUUUUGGCUGGCAGCCACUUAAAUGGCUUUUGGGAUUAUGUCUCUAUGUGCCGGUAACAAUUUUUGUGAUUUUUGUGGCCAAGUAUCUAGAUGAGAUAUUGAUCAUAGGCGUGCCCAUUUAUUGUGUGCUGAUUUCAACCAUGCUGUGGCGCUCCUUGGCACGUGCAGUGGAUGUCAAGAGUUUCCUGACCAUUUUUUGUGCCGUGGGUGCUGCAUUAUUCGUCAUCUCCGAUGCACUAAUUGCAGUGACAAUGUUUUUGAGUGUGCCAUUGCCUGGAGCACGUCUGCAAAUCAUGAUCACUUACUAUAUUGCCCAAUUUGCCAUUGCGUUGAGCACUGCCGAUGAUGGACCUGCGCCAAAAUUCAAAAAACAAAAUUAAACAACAAAAAUAACUCCGUUAAAUGCUCAACGAGAAUUCAUAACCAAACUAUAACCACCAAAAUAAGUACUUCCAAAAUAUUAGCGUAAUAGUUUAUGCCAUUUAGUAGUGAUAGUUAUUGUUUGUUGAAAAUAAAAACAAAACAAAAUGCCAA